AGCCUAACCUGUCCAUGCUGACCUAGAUACUUUAUCUCUUUUAAACUUUGCUCCUUAUCACCCUUAGGGUAGAACAGUACAGCACAGAAACAGAGAGCUUUUGGCCCACAAUGUUCAUGCCAAACACUGAAUGUGAUCACCAAUAAUAACAAUGCCUGAGCAAACUAAUUGUUCACUGUCUUGCUUGUUAAAAUAAACAUCUAUGUGAAUGAGGCCAAUACACAAGUUAUAAUAGUUGUGAAUAUUCAUCAAGACGAUGAAGACUGAGGAAACUUACAAAAUUCUUAAGGGGUUGGACAGGCUAGAUGCAGGAAGAUUGUUCCCAAUGUUGGGGAAGUCCAGAACAAGGGGUCACAGUUUAAGGAUAAGGGGGAAAUAUUUUAAGACCGAGAGGAGAAAAACAUUUUUCAUGCAGAGUGGUCAAUCUCUGGAAUUCUCUGCCACAGAAGGUAGUUGACGCCAGUUCAUUGGCUAUAUUUAAGAGGGAGUUAGAUGUGGUCCUUGUGGCUAAAGGGAUCAGGGGGUAUGGAGAGAAGGCAGGUACAGGAUACUGAGUUGGAUGAUCAGCCAUGAUCAUAUUGAAUGGUGGUGCAGGCUCGAAGGGCCGAAUGGCCUACUCCUGCACCUAUUUUCUAUGUUUCUAUGACUUGCAUGCCAAUAUGUUAAUGUUGCACUAAUGUCUACAUCACACACAUUCCAUUGACAACGCUGGUAAACGCUGGUUGUAUGAAAAGUGGAAAGCAAUAUAAUCAGUGCUUUUUUUCAGCUGGUGAAAUCAAGUGAGACUGGUUUAUGAUGUCACCGUGAUGUCAUGGGCAUGGACAUAUUUUCAUUCCCAAUAUUAACUUUCUUCCUCAGCCUUACAACGUGGUUGUGUUAACCAGCCACAGUACAGAGUGGCUGGCCUUUAAAGAUGUGUGAGAAUCACUCCCUGCCUCAAUGGCCCAGAUCCUCAGUUAUCCAAAUAAUAAUGUAACUGUUCAUGAAACAGGUAGUUGUAGACAUGUGCCAGACAAGUGCCCAACUGUUCCAAUCCCACCACAGCAUAGUUUCUGCUCUGUGAUGUUGCGAUUUCCAUCAGGAAUCUGGCCUCUACCUACAUUGAAAACGCCACCACAUUGCAAGCAUCUGGGAACUGGGAACAACUUUGGAACAUGCUGCAGCCGAUUGAAAUCCAAAGACUCAGUAUGACAGACAGUAAAGCCACUAGUGUGUUGACCUGGGAUCAAGUCAGCAGUUUGAAUGAUGUUCUUACCGAAGUGGUCUUUAUUCACGGGCGAGGCAACUUUCCAACACUGGAAGUCAGGCUGAAAGACGUGGUUAAGAUUGUGCGAUGCCGGCUCUUUGAAAGUGGUAUUCCAGUGCGUGAUGUGCGUCUGAAUGGGUCAGCAGCCAGCCAUGUCCUGGUGAAGGAUAAUGGGUUAAACUACAAAGAUUUGGACCUGAUCUUUGGUGUUGAUCUACCAGGAGAAACCGAAUUCCAGUUGGUAAAAGACGUGGUCCUGAGUUGCCUGCUCGAGUUUCUUCCCGAAGGCGUCAACAAGGAACGCAUCACGCCGCUAACGCUCAAGGAGGCUUACGUGCAAAAGAUGGUGAAGGUUUGCACGGAUACUGACCGCUGGAGUUUAAUCUCUCUCUGCAACAACCAUGGAAAGAACAUAGAGUUGAAAUUUGUGGACUCCCUAAGACGUCAGUUUGAGUUCAGUGUUGACUCUUUCCAAAUCAUCUUGGACUCCCUCCUGUUUUACUACGACUACUCUGAGAACCCAAUGAGCGAGCACUUUCACCCAACAGUGAUUGGAGAAAGUGUGUACGGGGACUUUGAGGAAGCAUUAGGUCACCUCAGGAAUACCCUAAUUGCGACCAAGGCUCCAGAGGAGAUCAGAGGUGGGGGACUGCUGAAGUACUGCAACCUUCUGGUGAGAGAGUUCAAGCCCACCAGUGAAGAGGUGAUCAAGUCCCUGGAGAGGUACAUGUGCUCUCGUUUCUUCAUAGACUUCCCGGACAUCACGGAGCAGCAGAGAAAGAUGGAGGUGUACCUCCAGAACCACUUCAUCGGCGAGGAGAAGAGUAAGUACGACUACCUCAUGAUACUGAGGAGCGUGGUGAACGAGAGCACUGUCUGUCUGAUGGGGCACGAGAGGCGCCAGACUCUCAACUUGAUCAGCCUCUUAGCACUCAGGGUGCUGGCGGAGCAGAACAUCAUCCCUAAUGUCACCAAUGUGACCUGUUACUAUCAGCCUGCCCCCUACGUCAGCAACGGCAACUUCAGCAACUACUAUGUAGCCCACAGCACCACCUCCUACCAACAGUCGUACCCUACCUGGCUCCCAUGCAACUAAUAAGCAAUGCUAUGUUCACACUUGACUGGUGUGCCGGCCGAUGUCCUUCCCAUUGCCUGGAUGGUUUCUUUCAUUGACGGUAACUGAGAUGGGAGUGUACCCUGUGGCUGUUGUACAUGUUCCGUGAAUUAAAUUGCAAUGGCAAUACAAGGAUAACACACACACUAAUUUUAUGCUGUGUGGGGGGGGGGUGGGUGGGGGGGGAAGAGAAAAAUCCAAGUGGCACUACAGUGUGUGACGUGUAUUGUCAAAGAGGCAUUACAACACUAGCAAGAGUCCCUAUAGUACACUGUGUCAUGCUUGGCUGGGAAAGCCACUCUUUUUUGCUUUCAACAAAAGAGUUCAAAAAGAAUGUUAAUCCUUCACGGUGUGUUCAGGGGGAAAAUAAAAUGUUUAAUAAAAAAAAUACCAGCGGUUUUCAAGACACUGCACUAAGAGGGAUGGAUCAAAAAGCUUCAUCUAUUGGUAAACAAGUGAAGGGAUGCACUCUGCACAUUAUCAAAAACAUUUUUGUUUAAUCGGCCACAGAGAUAGGGAUUUGAAGCCUAUUACACUCAUUUCAAUUGAAGAUUGACAGUUUCUGAAGAGAAUAUGGGAAGGAAAUAUUUGUGUUAGUCAGAGAGAAAAGAGAAUUGGUCUUUUGGGGCUAUUAAGCUCCAAAGCAACUUAGAAACCAAAUUGCAGGCACGGCACUGUUUUGGUUGGGUAAUUUGCACAUAAGCUACUGGAGUUUGAAGAAAUUUAUAAUCCAAGUUGAAUAAAUAACAAAUAUUUUUCAUUUGAGGAAUUGAGUAAAUCUUUUUUGUUAAAACAUUUUAAAUUUUCAAACGGUAGCAUUCCUUUAAUUGUACAAAACUAGUCAGCGCUGGGUGCUAGAUAAUCUAAUACCAAUUUAGUUCAUGUUUGUGACAUUGCAGCUUCAGUUUGGGUGAUUAGAAUUAUAUUUUUGGUACUGAAAAUCAACCUUAUGCCUUUUGUUGAUUUUGCACCAUAAGAAUUUUUUUUCAUUUGGCUGCUUGCAUGAGCCUUUUUAAUCUAAGCCACAUUCCCAGUCAAUGGAAAUAUACUGAAGCUAGUCUACCCUUCCCCAGGUCAGUAAAGCUGGCUUUAGAAAGCUAUGGUGUCUACGAGUGUUAGGAUUUUUGUUCCAUGCCCUUUGUUCAGAGUAUACAGGGGUAAGGAUGAAAUGCACAAAUUCCAGGUUUGAAGACUGUCGGUACAGUUAUUUGGCUGUCAAUAGCUUUGUUUGCAGAAUAAAGAAAUAUAGAUUUUUCUAGGCCAAUCUCUUGCAGCAAACAUUUUGUUAUGGUAACACUGAGUUCCAGUCUAUUUCUCUGGAAAAUUGCUGAUGAGAAAAAUUAUCCUUUUAAUGGAAUUGUAUGACUUUGAGUCUGUCUUGGGAACUGAUGCAUUCAAGGUAACUUGAUGGAAGAUUUAUUUCGCACUCUACAGGACUAAAAGUUUGGGUUAUUCAUUUGUUUGCAUUACGUAUAAUCUGUCUUUGUUGCCUAUCUUGAAACCCCCAUGGGUGUAGAAAUCCGUAGCAUUGUAUUGAUCAGCUGACAUUGUCUUUUUUUUAAACACUGGAAAAGAUUUACAUUAGAAAAAUGCAUUGAUCUUAAGAAAUAUGCAAACUAGAAAUUAUUUUGUUUGGCAGAUCAAAUUAAAAUUAACAUCAGGAAAUAUCUUCAGUGUUUAAAGAUGAGCUUAUAAAGAGUGUACUAUAGCACAGUGUACUAUUGGUAAGACCUGGUCUGUGAGACUUCAUUACACUAAUAGGGUGAUACAUUGUAGUCAGUCCAGAUUCAUUGUGAACAUAGUAUUGCUGUACUUUAAAUGCAGCGGAGGGGGAAAGAUCAUUGGCAAUUUAUACCUUUUUAAUAAAAAUUGUAUGCUGACCUUUUCCAAACACCAGCUCUGGAAUAAAUGGAACUGAAAAUAGAAGCUAGAACUUUGCAACGGGAAAGGAACAUUUAUUUUAAGAUUUAUUUUUGAAACUCGUACCAAGGGUGUGAGAAAUAAAACUGAAGUUUUGUGUUAACUUCAAGGUGAAAUAGCCCUGGAGUUCAGGGCCCCAGCAAAAUGAAUUGAAGUGAAUUAUGCAAAAUAUUUGUAUUGCAACAUCAGUCACUGAAGUAUUGUCAAUGGGGUUUUGGCAGUGAAUCCUGCUUUGAAUUGUGUAUGUGAAAGGGAAUGUGCCCGAUAUGUCUAGAACAUGUUUGGCAUAUGGAAAAUGGAGGAGGCUGUGAAAUUUUAAACUCUUUAGAUUCUCUUGCACUGGGAUUGCUGCAUAUUGCUGGCUGCCCUUGCCCAUGUAAUGAACGACACAGGCAGCAAAGGUCUUCCAAACUCUUGCACUGUUUGGUGAGGGUGUUAAUGAAUUAUGCAACCAAACCUGUCCUCUAAAUAAACACCAAGUAUGCACUUUCUGAGUCACGAGCUAGUGAACUGAAUUGGAAAUAUUGCAGGAGAGAGUGGAAGGGAAACUCUGAGGUUAGAUAAGGGAUAACAUUGCACAGAUAGUCAAAUCUAGGACAUUUCUGGUUUGGUCAUCACACAGCAGUCAAUAUACAACAUCAUCACAUUUUGAGAGCACUUUAUAAUGCGUUUCAUUUGUCUGGGUGACCACAAGUGUGCUCUGUAUUGAGGGUGCAUUUAAUAUUAGGGUGCAAUUAAUAUUAGAUGUAGUCAAGUGAGAUAUGAAUGUGUUCAGGAUCUGUAAGUACUGGGUGUGAAUUGUACACACUGGUUCUUGUGGGAGUGUACGAUUGUUUGGGUUUUAAACCCCUCGACCAGUUGUUAUCCUGUAACUCCAAGCAGGAGGAUAAAAUAAGGAUCGAUCUCAACCCAUUUUCUUCUGUUUUGUGGUGGGGUUGGUAAGGCAUGGAUGUUGGGACUGGGAUCUCUAGAGUUAAAGCUGUAUUUUUAUUUUCAGAUUUACCGAGCUGUUAUUGGCAGUGUUUGUAAGAUUAAAAAAUAUAUAUUUGUUUUCAGAUUGUAAUGCUGCUGUACAUGCUUUGUACAAACCAAAGAACCUGUAGACAUUUGGUCUGUAUUUGACAAUAAAGACUACCUGAUGAAA